AAUACUAUUAUGUAACCUUACAGCUCAUACAAGGACAGUAAUGAAAGGUAAUGGGCAUCAUAAAAAUGCUGUUUAUUAUUGUUUAUCCUGCUUCCUGCUUUCCUUCAGAUUAUGAGAAAGACUAUAAAUCUAUAUAUUUUCCAUACCACUUAUCCUACACAAGCUUGCUUUGGGGCCUGGAGCCUAUCCCAGGGAACUUAACGCACAAGGUGGGGGACACCCUGGACAGGGUGCCAGUCCAUCGCAGGGCACAAUCACAUACACACUCACACACCCAUUCAUACACUACGGGCACUUUAGACACACCAAUCAGCCUACCAUGCAUGUCUUUGGACUAGAGGAGGAAACCCCUGCAGCACGGGGAGACCAUGCAAACGCCACACACACGGCCCCGGCGGGAAUCGAACCCCGGAGGUGUGAGGCAAACGUGCUAACCACUAAGCCACCGUGCGCCCCCUCUGACAGUAGUGCUGGCUAUAAUUUAAAUCACAGGUUUUAAUUAAUGUGUUCAUUAUCGUUUCUAUAGUAACGCCUAACCUACAGGGACAUACAUAAUCUAAGGCUAAUAAUAAAUGGUUAAAAAUAACGUGUUUUUAGAAAAACAUAAUCCUUGAUAUGGGCAAGCCUUAUUUCUCGAAGGAUUUGUUUAUUUAACAUGUAUGGAAGGAGACUCCAGUGUCAGUGCUUUGCAACAGCCAGUAAGUUUUCUGCCAACAGAAAGUCUCCGGUAGACUCAGUUUCUUGGCAACAUGACAAGCUGGGUUUUUAUGUCUUGUUAACUUCAAGAGAUAGGUAAAAAUAGAAAAGCUGAUGAGGGAAUGAUUGUUUAUAGCUGUUUAUAACGGUUAUAAGUAAUACCAGGUACUAAUUUGUGUUGCUGACGUGUGGAAUUAUAAUCGUUGCCAAAUGGCUGUGGUAUAAGAGGAAUGAAAAACAUUAGGACGUGCUGUUGUACAAAAAUAAUCCACUUUGGGGUGGCAUCAUGCCAACCUGUUGUUGAUUAGUUUCCUAUAACAGCAUGUCCUAUGGUGUGUAAUUACUUACAUGCUACACUAUGUUAUUAUCCACAUUAGUAUCAAUAUCAAUAUAUUUUGGCCUUUCUCUGUAAAUGUGUUCAUGAUCUUUAGCAUUUCUACAGUACUGUUCUGUACAAAUCGUCAACCUCAGUGCUUCACUAGACAGUAUUCGCUAAGGUAGAGUUUUUUUGUCUGCAGUUUGUGGGCAAUCUAUGUAAAUUACAACUGACACACUAAUCAUUUACUUUAAGUGGGACAGGUAUUGAUGCACAGUAAGCAUAUGACCAUGUCUCUCUAUCAUGUUUAAUGAAAACACAACAAAAGCCAAAUCCAUUACACCCCAAUGUUUCCGGGCACAGGAUAUUCAACCUGCAUAAAACACUAUUAGCACUGACAAUUGGAUUCUAAGCUUCCAAGCUAAUAUUGAAUUCCCAGAGCUCGGUGGGUAUACAGACUAAGCAGAUAUAUUGCAGCAACAUGCAAUACCCCCCCCCCCCUCCAUUAAGCCCUUUACAGUGUAAGCUGUGUGAACUGUGGAGGUAACAUAAAAGUGGGUGUUUUUCAGUCAACUUCCUGCCCUCUGUCAAUCAUCUUAUACUCCUCUGCUUAUCAGUCUCUCUGUGACCUGUGCUCGCGGACUCUCAUAAAACACUCUGGGAAACAACACACAUACACUCUCUCUCUCUCUCUCUCUCUCUCUCUCUCUCUCUCUCUCCCUCUCUCUCUCUCUCUCUCUCUCACACACACACACACACACACACACACACACACACAAAGGCGUCUUCCAUUACAAGCCUCCAAAGGAACAGGCGGCGAGCGUACAAGUAGCUGAAAGACAGUGAGAGAAAGACAGAUAGAAGAAGAGCUGUAAUAGAAAGCCAGCUAGAGGGGCUGUUGGACAGAGCGGAGAGAUCCAAGCAAAGAGAGAGGGAGGGAGACAGAAAGAGAGGGGACGAGAGAGAGAGAGAGAGAGAGAGAGAGAGAGUGAGAGGUGAGAGAGACGGCUUGCCGAUUGCUCUCCCUGGUUUGUGUGCAGCUAUGGCAGCCAUGGAGUCAGAGCCAGGCACCCAGUCCAGGGUGAUGUUUCAGACCAAAGAGGAGGAGCCCCCUCAUCGCAAGCUGGGCAAACUAACAGUGAAAUACGACCGUAAAGACCUCCAGAGGAGAUUGGACAUUGAGGAGUGGAUCGAUGGGCAACUACACCUGCUUUACGACUGUGAGGAGGAAGAGAUUCCUGAACUAGAAAUUGACAUUGAUGAACUUCUGGAGCUCCCAGAUGAAGAACAGAGAACCAAACUACAUGAGCUUUUGCAAGAAUGUGGAAAGCCAAAAGAGGAUUUUAUCAAUGGUUUACUUUAUCGGAUGAAGGGACUGCGCAAGAUGUCAGGGCCCCUCAAGAAAUAGUACUACAAUAGGUCAAAAUCCACAAGCAAGAUAAUGUGAAAAACAGUAUGUCUGAAAAUCCAUAUUCACCUGUAUAGAGUUGAACAUCUGUCAAUGGAAUUAUGUAAAAACACUGAAUUUCCCUUGACAAGUGAGUCAAGAAGGGAGCUGUCCAUAAAUGUUAUUAAAAAAAUUAUUAUCCUUUAUGUACAUUUCUGACACUUCUUCCAGCAGAUAUAGGGUUGCGUCAUAGAUAAAAUUGUACUGUCUAUUACUCAAUUUUUUUGUGCCUUGUAAAUUUUUGGUUGUCUAUUUAUAUGUUUUUGUUCUGAAAAACACUGUAUGUGAUCAUAAAGAAUACCUUUUCAAGUGGAGACUGUUGGUGAUUUUUAACGAUGCUGUGAAAUGUUUUCCUCUUGGUUUAGUAAUUAACUGUUAAAUGCCACAGUUUGGUGAAAGGUCCUUGUGAGUUUGCAAGGACGUAGUUGCAUUUACAUAUAA